AGAUUUGAGGCAAUCGUGAGAAGAAGACACACCUGCUUAGAAUCUGCUCGCAUUUUUUGGGCUCUCUUCGAACACAUUUUGCAUUUAGAGAGCGCUCUCUUACGCCAUGACUGAUAACGCACUGCCGCUACGUGACUUUGACGAAGAGAGCGAAGAGACUGAUUCGGAAACAGAAUUGCUCAUACGCCACACACACAGUGACGCUGCCAUUGCCAAUAGCAACAACAACAGCAACAACAACAACCACAACAACAGCCAUGGGCAAAGACGACGCAAAAGCUCAACUGGUUACGGCGGCAUUGGGGCCAUUGGUAGCCCAACCAGCGGCAGCGCCAGCUUUUUAGGUAAUCUAUUCAGUCUUGGCUCAGCCGCCGGCCAGAUACGUUAUAGAAAUGAGCGGAGUCGCGAGCGCGCAAAAUACUCGAAUAGCAACAGCAGCAGCGGCACUGCAACGCGACACAUUACGUCGGAGACAACGUCCGUUCAAACGAAACUGGCGCAACUAACACAAACGGACGCCAGCAGCGGCGGUGUCGAUGGCUCUGCCCCGCAUCCCACUGAAAUUGGUGCACCCAACGGCAUUGGCCCCCACACCGAAAUCGAUCCCGAGAACGGCUCCUCAACAGUCUUCUAUCAGAACAAUCGCAGACGCAGCAAAGGACGCAGCAUCGGCAAUGUCUGCAAAAUGUGUCUGUGCAGUUGCUGGAAGAAAUGGUUUAGGCCACGCGAGCUGCGAGCUCGCUCCGUCAACUUGGGCAGAUCGAAUACGGAGAAGUUUCCGCCAAACGAGAUACGAAACCAGAAGUAUAAUUUCAUCACGUUCCUGCCGCUGGUUCUCUUCGAGCAGUUUCGCUUCUUUCUCAAUCUGUACUUUCUGCUGAUGGCACUCUCGCAGUUCAUACCAGAUAUACGCAUUGGUUAUCCCUACACGUAUUGGGGUCCACUCGGAUUUGUGCUGAUGGUGACCAUUUGCCGCGAGGCAGUCGACGAUUUGCGACGCCAUCAACGGGAUCAUGAGGUCAACUCGCAGAAGUACAAACGCCUCUCGGCGACACAUGGCAGCGGCUACGAGAUGGUGCCCAGCUCCAAGUUGAAAGUGGGAGACGUCAUCAUUGUUGAGAAGAACGAGCGAGUACCCGCAGAUCUUAUACUACUGCGCACAAGCGAUCGCAGCGGCUCGGUUUUUGUGCGCACCGAUCAACUGGAUGGCGAAACAGACUGGAAGCCACGACUGGCGGUGCCCUACACCCAGAAACUCAAUCGGGAUGCGGAUUUGCACAACAUCGAUGCGAGUUUUUAUGUGGAGAAGCCACAAAAUGAUAUACACAGCUUUAUAGCCACAUUCAGCAUUAGCGAUGGCAGCGAGGACACCGGUCUCAGCGUGGAGAACACCCUGUGGGCCAACACUGUAGUUGCUGCCGGCACUGCCACCGGAAUUGUCAUUUACACGGGCUGCGAGACGCGCAGCGUAAUGAAUAACUCACAGCCCCGCUCCAAGGUGGGUCUGCUGGACACCGAAAUCAACGGACUGACCAAGGUGCUAUUUUGUGCCGUGCUAGGAUUAUCGUUAGUGAUGAUGAUGCUGAAGGGUUUCGGUGGUCCAUGGUAUCGUUAUAUGUUCCGCUUUGUGCUGCUCUUCUCGUAUAUCAUACCGAUUAGUCUGCGCGUGAAUCUCGACAUGGGCAAGGCCUUCUACUCGUGGCAAAUGCAAAACGAUGACAAUAUCAAAGGCACCGUGGUGCGCUCCACAACAAUACCCGAGGAGCUGGGGCGCAUCUCUUAUGUGCUGACUGACAAAACGGGCACACUCACCCAAAACGAGAUGGUCUUCAAGAAGAUCCAUCUGGGCAUUGUGUCCCACGACUUGGACACAUUUCAUCACAUUGGCCAAAUCAUACAAAAGCUUUCGGGCAAUUUGAUGCAACAGCAGGGCAGUCUCUCAAGUUCCAGCAGCGCUGGCGAGUCGAUUAAGCCCAUGUUUGCUGGCAAUCGCAUGCGCCGUCCCGAGGGCUGGCGGGAGUGGGAGGCGGUACGUGCUCUGGCUUUGUGCCACAAUGUGACGCCAGUAAGCGAUGAUGAGGACAAUCGUUCGGUGUCCACCGCUUCGACGGUGACUGGUGGCAAUAAUUCACCCACCAAAUCUGUGAUAAACAUUGAGGCGCCUGGCAGCACCGAUACGGAACACCAGUAUCAGGCCGCCUCGCCCGACGAAAUAGCCCUUGUCAAGUGGACCGAACAGGUAGGCCUAACACUCAUAGCCCGAGAUCUGAACACAAUGACGCUGCAAGUGAAGACGGCCACCGAGGAUAAUGACAUACUGAUGCAGUAUCAGAUCCUGCAGCUGUUCCCCUUUACGAGCGAGACCAAACGCAUGGGCAUCAUUGUGCGAGAAAGCAAGACGGGUCAGAUAACGUUUUAUUUAAAGGGCGCCGAUGUGGUUAUGUCCAGCAUUGUGCAGUACAACGACUGGCUGAGUGAGGAAUCGGACAACAUGGCGCGCGAGGGUCUGCGCACCCUCGUCGUUGCCAAGAAGAUGCUCACCGAGGAGCAGUACAACGACUUCGAGAUGCGCUACAAUGCGGCCCGUCUCAGCAUUACAGAUCGUGUGGCCAAAGUGGCUGCCGUCGUCGAAUCACUGGAACGGGAAAUGGAACUGCUGUGUCUCACUGGUGUCGAGGAUCGGCUGCAGGAGAAUGUGCGUCCCACGCUGGAGUUGUUGCGCAAUGCCGGCGUGCGUGUUUGGAUGCUGACGGGUGACAAGCUGGAGACCGCUUGCUGCAUUGCCAAAUCGUCACAGCUCAUUGGACGCAAUCAGGGGCUGCAUGUGCUGCGCUCGGUAAAGACGCGCAUGGAGGCGCAUCAAGAGCUUAACCAAUUCCGACGCAAGCAGGGCCACGCUCUGGUCAUAUCCGGCGAGUCCCUGGAGGUGUGUCUGCAGUAUUAUCGAUUGGAGUUUCUGGAGCUGGCCACUGCCUCACCGGCGGUCGUCUGCUGCCGCUGCUCGCCCACUCAAAAGGCACAGGUGGUCGCGCUCAUCCAGAAGCAUACGCGCAAGCGCACCUGUGCCGUCGGCGAUGGCGGCAACGAUGUGAGCAUGAUUCAGCAGGCUGAUGCGGGCGUCGGCAUCGAGGGACGUGAGGGCCGGCAGGCAUCGCUGGCCGGCGACUUUAGCAUUCCGCAGUUCUCGCACAUUGCCAAGCUGCUGCUGAUUCACGGUCGGCGCAGUUACAAACGCUCGGCGGCUCUCUCCCAGUUUGUCAUACAUCGCGGACUGAUAAUUACCACACUGCAGGCAGUAUUCUCGGCGGUGUUUUAUCUGAGUUCGGUGGCUUUGUAUCAGGGCUUCUUGAUGGUCGGCUAUUCCACGUUGUAUACAAUGUUUCCGGUGUUCUCUCUGGUACUAGAUCAGGACAUUACCUCAGAGACGGCAGUCACAUAUCCGGAACUGUACAAGGAUCUCUCCAAGGGACGCAGUCUUAGCUAUAAGACCUUCUUCAUCUGGGUACUGAUCAGCAUAUACCAGGGUGGCGUCAUUAUGUACGGUGCACUCAUAUUAUUUGUGGAUGAGUUUAUACACAUUGUGGCCAUCAGUUUCUCGGCGCUUAUUAUGACGGAACUCAUUAUGGUGGCAUUGACGGUGCGCACCUGGCACAGGCUAAUGGUCUUGGCAGAGCUAUUCAGCUUGGCACUUUAUCUCAUCUCGUUGGCUGUACUGCACGAGUAUUUCGACUGGGAGUUCAUCUGGUCGUACGACUUUCUGUGGAAGGUAUCACUCAUCACGCUCGUGUCCUGCUUGCCCCUGUACAUAAUAAAGUUCUUGCGCAAAAAAUGCUCGCCUCCGUCGUAUUUGAAACUGUCUUAGAUGUGGUGGAACCAAGGCAAACCGAGCAAGCGACAAAUUUUGAAUAUAAUGAAAUAUCUCUAUUUUUGUUAAAUUAUAUUGCACUUCUUUUGUAAGAUUGAUUUUGUUUUUGCAUACGAUUCUGUUGUUGUUUUUUUUGUCCAAGUUCUGCCAACCACACAAACCGCAUACGUGAUAUAAAGUGUAAUUACUUAACUUUCGCAGUCUCCCUUUAUUGUUUUGUAUGUAUCAUUUGAUAAAUUACUCGAAACGUGAAGUGAAGUGGAAAGGAAAGGAAAUGAAAGGAAGGGAAAGUGAUUAUGUAUACAUUUAAAGGAUGUUUAAUGUUUAAGUCGCAGUAAACCAAAUUAUGUUACUAAUUAUUUAAUAAAAAUGUAAUAAUAAAAGUAAAACUAAAUGUAUCUAUGACUAUAAACUGAAAAUCAAUUAUAAAUGUAUGAAACUAAAAGAAAACGACAAAUAGAUUUUGUAUUAAGUAUUAGAACUCACAACAUAUAUUAAUAAAUGUAUGAAAACUA